UAUCAUAUGAUUUUUUGACAUUGACGUUAAUUUUCGACCAUCCAAACACACUCCUUCAAUUCAUUUAACAAAAAUUAAUAUUAUUUCUUAAAAGAAAAAGUGUAAAAGUAUUAAAAAUGGGUGCAGCAGCUUUGCCUUUUAUUAUAUUUACGGUUUUGUGGGGUGGUGUUGGUAUUGUUUUACCGAUAAUCGUACCCAAAAACCCGAACAGGGGCAUUAUCCAAGUUAUUUUGAUGUUAACUGGAGCAUGCUGUUGGUUAUUCUGGUUGUGUUGCUACGUGGCUCAAAUGAACCCCUUAAUAGGGCCCAGAUUGGACAAACAUACGAUCCUGGUCAUGGCUCGAGCAUGGGGUAAUCCACUGAACUAAAACCAUUUCGUAUUUGAUUACCAGGAAGAAAUUAAAUUAGAAUUAUAUUAAUUUGUUUUACUUUUAUUUGUACAGUAUUUCUCUACAUUUUAGGAACAUAUUCCACGUUUACAGUCCCCAUAUUUUGUAGAAUGUACAUAUAUUUCAGUCUAUAUUAAAUUUUGUUUUUCCAACA